AUGGUUGGAAGUGGCAAAAUGGAGAUGAUUACUGGCAAAGGAUGUUCAAAGAUGUAUACAGAUGUAACAUGUACACUGGGUACUAAUUCCUUAAAAGAUCAUCAUCAACCACCACGUCAUUCAACGUCGAAUUCUCCAUUUUAUGGGCUCGUUAUCUGUGUUACUGGUUUGUCCAAAGAAGCAAGAAAACAAGUGAUUGAUGCUACAGAGAAAUUGGGUGGCCAAUUUAGUUCCCAUUUGCAUCCCCACUCCCAUGGACGUAAACCUGAGCAUGUCUUGAAACACGGUGCCAGAGAUGGUCUAUUUGUUGUUACACUUGGAUGGUUUGUCGAUAGUGUAAGAAGAAAUGUGAGAUUGAAUGAAUCACUAUAUGGUGUGAAGAGUUAUAAAGAAAACUAUAUGGUGAAAGAUGAUAUUAACAACAUUGGUACUGGGAGUUCUUGUCUACCUGUUGCUAUGCUUGAAAAUGUUAAACAAUCUAACUUGAUCCAGAGAUCGAGAUUAGACCCAUUAGAAGAGCAGAAAAGAAGUUCAGUUUUUUCAAGGCAAACCUUUUAUUUAGACCCAGACCUUUCGGCCGAGCUGAGAAACAAGGUUGUAGAUGCUGUUCUUCGGGAAGGUGCUAUAGUGACAAACAGGUGGUUAGUUGGUCAGGACACAGCUUACGUAGUGUGUGAAGUUUCUUUUGUUCGAAAAUAUUUUGGUCACUCCAAUAGUAUUGUUACGCCUCAAUGGGUUCUGAAGACUGUAAAGGAGACUCGGCCACAGAGGCUCAUCCAUUUAUCCGCUGACUUGGCACGUCAUGUAGGAACAAUGCUUGGUGAUGACCAAGGUGGAACUGAUCGAAAGGUUAGCAACAAGGCUGAUGUUUCUCAAGAUACACACAAUUUUAUUACGAAAUCAGACCACAAAGAGAACCAAAGGAUUGCGAUCCUUGCAAAAGAGGGGGUCAGAAAUCGCCGGGGCCAUCAUAUGGAGGAGUGUCAAACACUAAUAAAGCCUUUAGCUCGAAGCAUCCUUCUUGAUUCAAUCAGCUGGAUUAUGUCUGAGCCAUCAUCAACUGCGUCUAUCACUAUGGACUCUUUUAGUUUGAACGAUGCAAAUGAAAGCAUGAAGGAACCCAGUGAUUGUUUUGUGAAUUUAUUACGUCCACUUUCGGAAAGGGAAAAGAGCGAGUUAGUUUUCGGGAACCACUUCAUUACCAUACUAUUUCCAGUGGACCGGUUCGCUGAGAUGGGCCCUGUCUCAAGGACAUUCUUUAGUCACACAGGGUUCACAUGUUCACAGUUGCUAGAUCAUAUCUAUGCCUUUUAUCAGGAAAACAUGUCAACAUCCGAGAUAGAGUUAGCAAUCCACACUGAUUCUCGGCAUGCUGACAGGCUGAGGUCCAUGUACUCGAGUAAAGACGCUAUGGAGUACGGUUUUGUGGUAGUAAAGCGUGUUGACUUCUUAGGGAGUCACAGAAUCUUUAAAAUGCUGAGGCGUGUACCUGGAAACUACAGUAACAAGGUUUACGAGUUGUUGACUCAAGCAUAGCAAAUGAACUUUAUAAACACACUGGCAAAUCUAUUAUCAGUUAUAAUUGAAACUAUAUUAAAAUCUUCCUUUUCCAUAA